AUGAGGAAUCCCGUGACCGGCGUAGCGCUGAUGCUCUGGCUGCUCGCGGAGGUUGUAGAAGCCAAGAAGUACUGCUGGUAUUUUGAGGGUGGAUAUCCGAUCUACUUCAUUUGCCGCUCCUAUGAAGACUGCUGCGGUACUCGCUGCUGUGUGAGAGCACUCUCUAUCCAGAGACUAUGGUACUUCUGGGUGCUGCUGAUGAUGGGAGUUUUGUUCUGCUGUGGUGCUGGUUUCCUCAUCCGCAGACGGAUGUAUCCAUCACCUCUGAGAGACGAGCAAGCGUUUAACGUCUCCUUCACCAGACAUCCUGUCACCACACCUGUUUCCCAGCAGCCAGGAAUCAUGCAGGGAUUUGGAGUCAACGGGAUGACAGGUGGAGACCCCAGUGUCGCCAUGACACACCCAGCGUUCCCCCCACAACCCGGCUCUACCCACAUGAUGAUGAGCGCUUACCCUCCGCCGCCAUCCUAUUGCAACCAUCCGCCGCCAUCGUACGAACAAAUCUUUCAAAACAGUGACAAGAAGUAGCGUUCGAAAAACGCACCGGCAGGAAAACGGAGCGCCGCGAGGAUGUGGAGGAACUCUUGUGUUGACCGGAGGCACAAUAAACAGUAUCGACACUCACCCAGACCAUCACACUGCUUCACCUGAACCGAUUUACGACGUAGACUCUUGACUUGUAUAGACUUAUGUACAGCGGUGGUAACUGCAGUUGUUGAACGCGAGGACGAGCAGGGAUGGACUGGUUCAGGUCAAGGAUUCUCUCACGUCAUCAUCACCGACUCUCCAUGUGCAACUAGAUAACUGGGUAUGUGGUUUGAAAUUAAAUAUUCAAAAGGACAGUGAUAUUUAAAUAGUUCUUAAAGUUGGUUGUUUUCGAAGUAACUAUGUACUAGAUACUCAGGUGACGUCAACACGUCAACUGCUUGAAUUUUUUUUUUUCUUUCUUUUUUUUGCUCGCUCUCUUAACAGAUGUUUUAACUCUCUUGAACCUUUGUUUGAAAUUAUUUCAGUGUCUGGACCGACUGACCCUAAUGCUAAUCGUUGACCCCGCUGAUCACAUGUUCGGCUAUGAAAAGGAGCAUCAACCUAAGGUUCUGUCUUUACGAACGUAGACGGGGAUUUCCUCUCAGGUGCCUGUGUGAAUUCAUAUUAAGUUAAGAGUCAGUUGGGAGGAACGUCGAGGAGCGAGAAAAAAAAACGGCCCGAUAUGCAUGACCUUUGAACCCCUUUGGAAAGCGCCAUGCUGUCAUAAACAUAGUCACGUUGACUCAGAACUACAACAACUAACAACUUUUUAAUUUGAUUAAUCAAACACAAACACGCAUGGAUUAAAACUAGGGUAACUGUCAACUAAUAACGAUUAAUCGUGACUAAUUGAGAUGAAUCAGCAUUCAGAAAACAUUUUUUUUCUGUAUAUUGCCGAAACAACAAACAACAGCAGAAAGAUCUAGGUGUUUUCACAGAUGUCUAACUUAAUAACAGCGAUAGCUCGGGUCACAAACUUAUUUCGUUCUUUGGCCAUACUCCUUGGCGAGAUCCACAGACCACGAUGCUUCAUAGACAUUGUGGUCUAUGAAGCCAUGCCUUUACAAAAGGAUUGGAUG